AAAAACGCAAAGCAAAACAUACUAAAAAAAACGUGUCUUUUCUCGGGCUGAAGAAGAAGCCGAAGCCCUACCUUCGCAUCCAUUCAUUGAUCACAGUAAUCGGAAAAUGCCUCCCAAGAAGAAGAAACUCAAUACCGAGCAACCUUCCAAGUUCGGCAUCCAGCACUUCUUCGAUCUCGCCUCUCAGAAAUACCACCACCUUCAACCCCACACCACCACCACCGCCGCCACCGCCACCUCUACCAGCACUGCCGCCACCGCCACAUCUAUCAGCACUGCCGCCGCCGCCACCUCCACCAGCACCGCUGUCGCCACCUCCACCAGCACCGCUGUCGCCACCUCCACCAGCACCGCUGUCGCCACCUCCACCACCACCUCCACCAUCAAUUCGCCACAGCAACCCGACGAAGUGUCUUCGCAGACGCGUUUCAACUUCUCCCCUGGAAUGUUAGUGAAGCAGAGCCAGGACGACGCCGUCAACGAGGUCACCUGGAAAAUAUCUCCCGUGAAUGAGAGGCUUCUGGCUGUUUCCAAACACACGCCUGAAGUGAUCAAAGCGUUGGCUGCCUCUUCCAAACUAAACUUGUCGGCAAUUCGCAAUGACAGUGGCAAGGAGACUUGUCUGGAUAAGGUUGCUUCGCCAACUCCCAAGGUGCCGUUGAGCUUCAAAAGGAUAAACUUGGCCCUUGAUGUGAUCGGACAGAGUCCCUUCAGAACUCCACCGUCUCUGUCUUAUCGGCCUGACAAGGUGCAGCGGAGCAAGGAUAUUGAACACAAGAGACCGAGCGACCGGCCUGUGCUAAGACAGAACAAAAAGGCAUUGCUUGAACUCCUAGAUCAAGUUGAAGAUGCCAUUGCUAUUGAUGAUGCUCCAGUUUGCAAUAGCAACACUUAUUCCUUUAAAGUACCUCAAAAUCAAGCUUACGAGCUCCCUGUCAAAGUCAGACCUGCAGUAGAAAUGACCAAAUCACAUUUACCUAAAGAGGGUGUUGAUGUCUUCUCCAAUUCUAAUUAUUUGGUUUUAGAGGUAUCUGAACUUAGGUCUGCUGAUUCAUCUGCUGCUCAAUGCUCAUCAUACAAGGUGCUACGUUUGCUAAAUGAACAAACUGGGGAAGAGCGGGCUGUAAACCUAUGGAAUGAGUGGUCUUGUUGUGUAAUUUCACCUGGAGAUACUGUGCAUGUAAUCGGACAAUUUGAUGAAGGGGGGAAUUGUGAUAUUGAUCGUGAUAAAAACUUUUUGAUUGUACACCCAGAUAUUCUAAUGUCUGGAACGCGGGUUGCUUCCAGUUUUAGCUGCCCAAGGAGAACUGUCUUAGACGAGAGGCUGAAAAACAAUGAUUACUCAACUGCAGCAUUAGCUGGAACAAUGCUGCACCAAAUUUUCCAGGCUGGGCUAACAAAUGACCAUCCUACAGUAAAUUUCAUGGAAGAUUAUGCAGAAGUGGUAUUACAGAAAAACAUUGAAAGUUUGUAUGCAUGUGGAGUAAAUGAGAAUGACAUUCGCAAAACUAUGAGAGAUGCUAUUCCUAGAUUACUAAGUUGGAUCAUACGGUUUAAAAAUAUGGAGGAAAGAAAAGACCCGAAUGUCAAAUUUGGAUUUGAUAAUGGACCAAAGAAUGUUGGCAUAUCUGAGGUAAUUGAUAUUGAAGAGAUGGUGUGGGCUCCAAAAUAUGGAUUAAAAGGGAUGAUUGAUGCUUCAGUCAGAGUGAAAAUUCAAUCACAAAGGGAUGAACAAGAGGAAAAGAUCAUGCCAGUAGAGUUCAAGACUGGAAAAACACCAAAUAGCCAGUCAUCAGUUGAGCACAGUGCCCAAGUAAUUUUGUACACUCUCUUGAUGUCUGAAAGGUAUCAGACAACUGUUGAUUCUGGUCUUCUAUAUUAUCUCCAAUCUGAUCAAACACAGGGCAUCGUGGUUCAAAGAUCCGACUUAACUGGGCUAAUAAUGCAACGAAAUGAACUAGCUAGUUAUAUUCUUAAGGCGUUGACUCUGCAGCAACUGCCUCCAAUGUUACAGAUUCCUAGCAUUUGCAGAGGUUGUCGCCAUCUUAAUGUUUGUAGCAUUUAUCACAAGGCAAAUGGUGGAAGCACAGAGAGCAGUGGGUUGGGAGAAGAUUUUGAUUCUCUAACUAAUUACAUGACUUCUUCGCAUUCUAAGUUUCUCCGCCAAUGGGAUCGAUUGAUUGACUUAGAAGCUAAAGAGACUGAGAUUUUAAGGAAAGAGGUCUGGCAAUCACAUAGUUCAAAGAGUUCAAACAGUAGUGGUCUUUCUUCUAUUGUUCUUGACUCACUAGGAAUACCUCUUGAGAAAUCCCUUAAAGAUAAUCAAUUCACUUAUCGUUUCAUACAACAAGAUUCUUCUUCUAACCUCUAUGAAGUUUCCGAUGUGUCUUCUAGUGUCUCAUUGAAAAAUGAUUUAGAUUCCACACUUCGAAGUGGAGAUCAUGUGAUACUGCGUAAUCAAUCUAGCCAUCAAAUUAUUGCUAAAGGGGUGAUAUCCGAUAUUAGUCGAAAUCAUGUAUCUGUUUCCUUUUCAAAGCGAUUACGAAUCCCCAGGAGUUCUUCCAGUGUAAAUGAUCUCAUUCAGCAGGUUUGGAGAAUUGACAAGGAUGAAGCUGUGACUUCCUUUGCAACUAUGCGGUUUAAUCUUGUACAACUCUUUCUACAAAAUGAUCGAAGUGCUCAUUUGCGGCGGAUGAUUGUUGACCUUGAGACUCCUAGAUUUGACAGUGGAUCUAUACUUAGCCAGGAUCCUGCGAUAUCCUAUGUUUGCUCAGAGAAGAGUUUGAAUUAUGACCAACGUAGAGCAAUUCUCAAGAUACUUACAGCAAAAGAUUAUGCACUUAUAUUAGGGAUGCCUGGAACAGGGAAAACGUCCACAUUGGUCCAUGCCGUGAAAGCCUUGUUGAUUAGAGGAACAUCCAUUUUGCUUACUGCCUAUACAAAUUCUGCUGUUGAUAAUUUACUCAUCAAAUUAAAAGCACAGGGGAUUGAUUUUGUACGAAUUGGAAGACACGAAGUAGUGAAUGAGGUGGUCAGAGAACACUGCCUCUCAGCAAUGAGUGUACAAGGUGUUGAAGAUAUCAAAAGAAGGUUGGAACAAGUCAAAGUUGUCGCAGUUACUUGUCUUGGCAUUUCUAGUCCCUUGCUUGCCAACACAAGGUUUGAUGUAUGCAUUAUGGAUGAAGCUGGACAGACAACCUUACCAGUGUCCUUGGGUCCUCUGACGUUUGCUUCGAUGUUUGUACUUGUUGGGGAUCAUUAUCAACUGCCACCACUUGUCAAUAGUACAGAAGCCCGAGAGAAUGGCAUGGGGAUAAGUUUGUUCUGUAGGCUCUCAGAAGCCCAUCCACAGGCUAUUUUAGCCUUACAGAGUCAGUAUCGUAUGUGUCAAGACAUCAUGGACCUUUCAAAUGCCUUGAUAUAUGGUGACAGAUUGAGGUGUGGUUCAGUGGAGGUAGCUAAUGCAAAACUGGAGUUUUCAGACUUAAGCUGUGACUUGCCUUGGCUAGAACAUGUUUUGAAUCCUCGAAGACCUGUGAUAUUUAUUGAUACUGACAAGUUGCCGGCUUUAGAGGCAAGAGAUCAGAAGGUUGUGAAUAACCCUAUUGAAGCUCAAAUAAUUGCUGAGAUUGCAAAGGAAUUAGUUAAAAAUGGAAUCGGAAAAGAACACAUUGGCAUUAUUACUCCAUAUAAUUCACAGGCAAACGUCAUCCGCCAUUGCACGACUUCCUUGGCGAUACUGACUUCCUUGGAGAUACAUACGAUUGACAAAUACCAGGGUAGAGAUAAGGACUGUAUAUUAUUAUCUUUUGUAAGGUCUACUGAAAACCCAACAAGCUGUGCUGCUUCUCUGCUUGGAGACUGGCACAGGAUAAAUGUGGCUCUUACUCGUGCUAAGAAAAAGUUGAUCAUGGUAGGGUCUCGGAGAACCCUAUCAAAGGUUCCUUUACUUAAACUUCUUAUAAGCAAAGUUGAGGAGCAAACAGGAAUUUUAAGUUUGUCUAAGAAGGAUAUAUAUCGAAAAGGUGAGCUCAAGAGAUGUUCCCAACUCAGAUGAUCAAUGCAAAUUCUUUUAUUCAUAUUUUCUUAGGUUAUUGCAUUAUCAUACAAAUCACAUCCAUUAUGUGAUUUAGAAAUGUAAAUGUAUAUAGUGUACAAAACCAUUUUCCAAUUUUCAAUUUUUGCUUUUCCAAAAUUAAUAUUAUUGGUUACUAAUCGAA